AUGUCGACUGGCCAAGAUCCUAUCAUUACUUCCCCCCACAAUGAUGAGAGCCCAAGCAAACAACUGAGUGUCCUUAGGAACCAUCAAGGUGGAUCAAAAGAAGGGGAAGCCAAUCCUAAGAUCAGGAAUCAAAUCCUAAACAACAGUGAGUUCUCCCAUGAUAUGGAAAAUGUGAAAGCUCAGCACAAAGAAACCAGACCAAAGUCUUCCACAAAGAAAUCGCCUGAAAUUUCAACAAUGGAUUCGAAAAGGAAAUCUGUAAAUAAAGCAGCUUUGAUUGAGAAAACAAUUUUCAAUAACCAGAGGCCAGACUCUAAAGUCAUUGAAAACAUUAAUGUUUUAAAAUCUGGUGAUGGUCAAAGCUUGAAAGUCAACAAAGACAAGGAAUCAGUCACAGCCAAGAGGGUGACCCAGCAUUCAUCUAUCUCUCUUGUCAGGGCUGGCAUUGCCAAAUCUGUCAAGAAGGUCAUGUCAGUAAAACAGAUGACCCCAACUUGUAAAAGCACACCUGCCAAAAUCCAGACUGCUCCUGCCAAAACUAGUUCAACACAAAAUCCCUCAGACGUGAAACCAGAAGCUAACUCUGAUGCUAGUUCAUCAGAAAGUUUUCCACAAAAACAAAAUGAAGUCCCUGAAACCAUGCCCAACACCAUCAGUCACUCACCAACCAGCUUUCAAUCCCCUAGCAAUAAUUCAGCUAAAGCCUCUUACACAAAAGCUUCAGUGAAAACAGGGCAUUCAUUUCAAAUUACAUCUUUAGGUUUACAAGACUCUAUACAGAACAGAGCCACACAGCCUGUAACCUUGGCACAACAAGUUCAAAGUUCAGUUCAGUUUAAUGGCCAACCAAAAGAGGCCACUGUGAACAGUGAGGUCAAGGUCAACUCGUCCAAUGUUUUACUCCAAACUCAGAACUCUGUUGCACCAAUUACUACCCCUUUCAUUGUUGAUCCAUUUGCAGAAUUCGCCCAAUCACAUGUCAGUAUUAUAGAGCCUCCAAGCAAAGAUGCUGGAGCCAAGCUCAAAAAAUCUAUUUCUGGAAAACAUCAUAAAAAGGUGAAUAGCUCAAAGAGGCCGAAUUCUGGCAGCUCUAGACAGUCAUCGGCCAGCAAGAAACGAGUGGGAAAGGGGAGAGAAUUGAAGGCAGAGAAAGAGCCAAGGCCCAGAAGCACCAAGAAAAAUGGCAGAGGAAAAAAUGAGAAAGAGGAUGAAGAUGAGCUUUAUGACAUGACCGAGGCCAUACGUACAGAUGUAGC